AUGGAGUGUGGUCCAGCUAUCCGUACCCUGAGUGAACAGGGUGACCGUAACUGCCUGUUCCACCGACUACAGGGACACAAAUUUGUGGAGGAAUAUCUCCCUACUCAUGAACUACAGGUUGCCACCAUAGUUUGGAACUACAAAGCCACUGAUGACGUAGUAAAGGUUGAGGUGUGGGACGUCGUGGACAAAGCCAAGAAACGCAAGAAAUCGGACUCGCUCAAGCUAGAGAACGAUCCGGACCUAGCAGACGAGUUGGCGCAGGCUCUCGAUGCCGAAUUUCUCGACGUCUACAAGAACUGUAACGGCGUGAUAAUGAUGGUUGACAUCACCAAGCAGUGGACGUUCGAUUACGUGGCACGCGAGUUACCCAAAGUGCCCGCACACAUCCCCGUCUUGAUUCUGGCGAAUUUUCGCGACAUGGGCGAGCAUCGUGUCAUCAGCGCCGACCACCUCAUCUAUUGGAUCGAGGGGCUGGACAGACCGGAGGGUGCGGCGGACAUACGGUUCGCCGAGUCUUCCAUGAGGAACGGGUUCGGACUGAAGUAUCUCCACAAGUUCUUCAACAUCCCCUUUCUUCAGCUACAGAGGGAGACGUUGCUACGGCAACUCGACACAAACAAGCGGGACAUGAUGGCGAUGAUCGAGGAAAUCGGCAUCCACUCGGAAUCGGAGGAGCAGAAUUAUGACUUGUGUUGUGCGGUGGAGGACUUCGUUCCAGAUGAAGGUUUAGACAGCCGGUUUUUGGACGAACCGGAACCUUCCAAACCUGCACCGGUCUGGACUGCAGAUCCAGCAAAUAUGGAGGACUCGGACAGUGAUGUUGAAGGAAACCCCAUGGUGGCAGGCUUUGCAGAGGAGAUUGAUUCGGAGGAUGAGAUGCCGAAUCAGGCUCCUGCAAAAUUGGCGUCCACAAGUCUGGACAUCGACCUUUCCAGUGACGAAGACGAACCCGUGGUCGCCAAGGACGCAGACAUCACAGACUCCCUCAAACCCCUUUCUGACCCCUUCACUACAAAACCUCACACUGUGUCAAAUGAUGCAGAAGAGGUCCAAGAGACUGUCCAAUCAGACGGUGAUGAGGACACGAAUCAACCAAUCAUAGCUGCCGAUGUAGACAUUUCCAGUGAGGAUGAACAGAAGGGGCUUGAUGAUUGGUUAGGAGGAGGAGGAGGGGAGGGUAAAGUUGAUGCGUUGGUAUCAAAGGUAGAUGAUAUCAGCUUAGAUGGAGCAGAAGCUGCAGUAGAACUUAAGAAAGAGGAUUUCGAUUUCUUAGAGAAAGUCAGCAAGCCGUUGUCAGGACAAGAGUCGGGAGAAGGGGACAGGGAAGACAUGGGCCAGAAGAAGAAGAAGAAGAAAAAGAAAGAUCGCAGGAGUGAUGGAGAAGAUGAAGGUGAGAAGUCCCACAAGAAGAAACACAAGAAACACCGGGAGAGAGAGAAGGAGAAAGUGUCUGAUGAAGGAGAAGGGAAGAAGAAAAAGAAGAAGUACAAAAAGAAGGAAGUGGACGAAUUGGAAGAGUUUCUGGGGGGUGGGGUAGGUAAAGGGGGAGGGGGUGGGGAAGGGUACGAGAUAUUUUGAUUGGUAGCCAAGAGUCAUCUGAAGCAUACUGUACUUAGAAUAAGACAUAAUUUAAGAGAUGAUAAAAGCCAAAGUUUCUUACAAUGUCCUAGUCAAAUUUAUGUAUCACAAAGGUUUCCUCUUAAUACAAGAAUAGUAUACACAUGUUCAUAUAUGACAGUGUACCUUAUUGCAAACAAAUUGUUUUGUUGCUGUAAACAUAUAUUGGAGCACUGAUUGAAAGAGAGAUUUGAUGCCAAACUCAUUUGACAACAUAUCAUAUAAUAUGUAUAUUGUUGAAUGGCAUUCCUUGUAUUUGAUACAUUUCAUCCCAUGGCAUCCAAACUGUAUGAUACCCACUGAGGAUCAUACUAUGAUACCCACUGAGGAUCAUACAAAUAUACUUUAUGAUAGUAUGUCUUGUCUUUUUUGGCAAUGCCACAGGAGUGGAGGCAUUUUCCCACUUCUGAGGCCAAUGAAAAUAAAUGUCUCCAGUUAACCCACUGACCCUAGCAUAGACCUGCUGACCCUAGCGGUUUAGCUUAUCAAUAUAUUUUUGCUUGCCCAUGUAUAUCUGUAUCAUUACAAUGUGAUGUUGAAAAUUCCAGUGCCUGAUGUAUUUCAGUUUUACAUUGCUUAGAUGAAUUUGCUGCAUUACUUUGCCCUAAAUCUACUAAGAGAGAAAAAUUUCUUUAACCGUCAACACACCUUUUAUUUCCUGAGCCUGCCAACAGAGGAAUUAUACAGAUAUACUUUAUAAUGUAUUUUUUGGCAAUGCCUUAGGGGUGGAGACAUUUUACCACUACCAAUGCCUUCAUUUCUGCUCAAAGUAGGAUAGAUUAAUCACAAUUGUAUACUACUAUCAUUGUUAUGUUCUUUUGCCCUACCUACAUCAGUUGUAUGUCUGUUAAUGCCUUGAUUUUUGAUAAUGUUUGGCUUUUAGAAAUGCUUGGUAUUUAAUGUAGUUUUGAUAGUAUAGUGUUCUUACUAUCAUGAUGGUUUACAUUUGGCACAUGUGAUCUGAGUUGUAUGUAUAUACGCAGUAUGAUCCACAAUCAUAGCAAACUUUAACAGAGUUGUGGAAUGAUAUCUCUUAAGUUGAAAACCCAACAGUAAUGUGUUGCAGUAGGUAGAAGAUUUGGGUGAAUUAUUCUUCAUGCAUGACAAAAACUUCUUUUGCUGGACAGAAAUAACAUUUCGAGAACGCAAACUUAUUGAUCACCCCUCAUACAUGUACAUUGAAUGAACUGUAUUCUAAGAUUUGUCCAAGUGCGGUUUUAAAUGUAUUUGUGCAAGAUGCAUCAAUCCAAUAUUCUGCAUACAAACUUUGAUUUCUUUUGACCUCAGGAAAAAAGGAUGUUAGGAUAGUUAAUUUUGUGUGUGUGGCAAAAUUUCUGGUGUUCAAAUCCUUACACUACUUUUCAUAGGUGUUGUGUAAUGCUAGUUGACCUUUAUCCGUGUGGUAACCUAUAUCCAUUGUUUUUAAAAACAGUAUUUAGCGAUGUCAAGUCGAUGAAUAUCGGUUUCAAACUGCAAUGUUUUGAAAAUAUUUCAAUUUAAAACUACCGUCCAUUGAUGUGAACUUGAUGUCCCAAAGUACCCUUUUUUUGAAACUGAUAUUACCCCACAGAUAAAGGUGAACUAGUGUUAUGUGCAGUUUCUUUGCUAAAUACCAUAUUAAGGUACACAUUGAACUUUUGAAUGCCUCUUGCCUUGCUGCCUGUAGUGUUAUUUCAUAGCCUUUGAGUAUAUGUAGUUGAAUAAAAUGCAAGGCGACAAGGAACUGCACUUAUGAAUUUCAAAAUGAAUUUAGUAAGAUAAGUGACGGAAGCAGUACGAAUAUCUGUAUAUUGAUUGAAUAAAUUUUACUGCUGUUCAAG